AUGUCAUCCCCCGUGGGGAUGCCCAAGCCCAUCUGCCUGAUCCAGAACCAGCAGGGGAGGCUGUCCACCUGCCCAGAUGCCCUGGAGGUCCUGCAGCGCAUCCGCCAGCCCGUGGUGGUGGUCUCCAUCGUGGGCCUCUACCGGACGGGCAAGUCCUACCUCAUGAACCGCCUGGCCGGGAAGAGGACCGGUUUCUCCUUGGGGUCCACGGUGCAAGCCAAUACCAAGGGCAUCUGGAUGUGGUGUGUCCCGUAUCCUGACCGGAAGGACCAGACUCUGGUGCUGCUGGACACGGAGGGCCUGGGCGACGCGGAGAAGGGCGACACGCAGAAUGACACCUGGAUCUUUGCCCUGGCCGUCCUCCUCAGCAGCACCCUGGUCUACAACAGCUUGGGCACCAUUGACCAGAACGCCAUGGACCAGCUCCACUACGUGACGGAGCUGACGGAGCGCAUCAAAGCCAAGGCCUCUCCCGGGGGCGGCGCAGGCGGGAGCCUGGAGGACUCCUCCGAAUACUUGCGCUUCUUCCCCAGCUUCGCCUGGGCCUUGAGGGACUUCACGCUGCAGCUGGAACUGAACGGGAAGCCCAUCACGGAGGACGAGUACCUGGAGAACGCCCUGAAGUUGAAGAAAGGGGACACCCCCGACGUCCGGCUGUUCAACCUGCCCCGCAAGUGCAUCCGCUUCUUCUUCCCCACCCGGAAGUGCUUCAUCUUUGACCGCCCCACCAGUCGGAAGAACCUGCACCGCCUGGAGCAGAUGGAGGAGAGCGAGCUGGAGCCCGACUUUGUGGAGCAGGCCAACCAGUUCUGCAACUACAUCUAUGGGACCUCCAAGGAGAAGACCCUCCCGGGGGGACAUGUGGUCACUGGGCACUUGCUGGCCAAGUUGGUGGAGACCUACGUGGAGACCAUCAGCAGCGGGAAGGUGCCCUGCAUGGAGAGUGCAGUGCUGGCCUUGGCGGAGAUGGAGAAUGCGGCUGCUGUGGAGGAGGCUGUGGCCUGCUAUGGGGGGCUAAUGGGACAGAGGCUGAGACUCCCCACGGAGAGCGUCCCAGAGCUGCUGGGAAUCCAUGCCAAGUGUGAGAAGGAGGCCCUCCAGGUGUUCAUGGCGCGUGCCUUCAAGGACGACGAGCAACGCUUCCAGAUCAAAUUCAUGAAAACCCUGGAUGACCGGAAAGAGGAAUACUGCCGAAGGAAUGAGCAAGAGUCCAUUAAACGCUGCCAGGCUCUGUUGGCCACUCUCUGCGUGGAGCUGGAGGAGAAGGUGCGCAGCGGGCUCUACUCCCGGCCCAACGGACACCAGCAGUUUGUGGACGACCUGAAGGACGUUGAGGAAAGAUACCGCCAGGAGCCUAAGAGGGGGGUGAUGAGGGAGGCCGGAAGCUCCAGUCUCCUCGGAGGCAAAGUGAUGGCCGUCGGCAGAGCCAUUCUCCAAAGCGACACGGCCCUCAGCGAGAAGGAGAAGCAAGUGGAAGAGGUCCGGGCGCAGGCGGAGGCAGCCCAGAGGGAGCAGGAGGUCCAGCGGCAGAGGCAGGCUGAGCUGGAGCAGAAGAUGCAGGACCAGCAGCGGAGCUACGAGGAGAACAUCCAGCAGCUGAUGGCCAAGAUGGAGCAGGAUCGGGAGCAGCUCCUGGAGGAGCAGAAGAAGAUGAUGGACAGCCGGCUGGCGGAGCAAGAGGCGCUGCUGAACGAGGGCUUCCAGAAGGAGGCCAGGCAGAUGAGGGAGGAGGUCCAGCGCCUGAAGGAGGAGAGUGCCAGGGUCAAGAAGCCCUCCUGGCUACAAAGAGCCCUGGGGGGGCUGGUGACAGUCGGCACCCUCUUUUUGCCAGGGAUUGCUGGCAAGGCAGUUGGGGUCGUCACAAACCUGAUCAGGCGCUUUUGAUCAGGGCCUCCCAGCACGGCCCCCUCCCCUCAAGACCUCUUCCGCUGCUGCCUUUGGCCCGCUCUGGCCUGUCCGUGUUCCUCUUUGGACUCGAUGCGCUAUCAGUUAGAGAAGAAUGCUGUGCUUCCCUCAAAGGGCCUUGCCACACCUUUCGCAGGCGCACUCACUCAGCCACGCUUCCUUGGGGGAUGCACCUGGGAAUGGCGCUCCAUGAGCAAGGCCCAUUCCUCUGUCCAUUGUGAAGUUGGACUUGUGUGUGUGUGUAAAUAAUUCGGGCCCAUGGGCCCAAAGUAAGCAGCUGCAGGGGGCAACCUUGCCACUGCUUCAUGCAUUGCCAGGUGGGUCAACACUCGAGUGGUGGGAGCCAAGAUCACUCUCCCACUGGAUGUAUAGACAGACAGAGAGAGAUUGAUAGGUAUGUGGUUAGGUAGAUAUAGGCACAUGCGUACACUUGUGAAUGGUCUGCUAUGCAGUGGUCUUUGAUUGUACCCAGAACUCCUCAUGUAUUUGAUACAGACUCCUCUGUUUUGUUGUGUUUAAUGGUGCUUUUCUGAUCACGAGCUGCUCUUUCUUCUCUCAAUCCUUUAUGCCUCUCUUAUCCAUUAUUUGAACAUAUUCUACAGUAUUCAUGCAGAUAGGUGCUUAUCAAUGCAGUAUUCAUAUUAUAUUGGUGCUUGCACGUUUAUUUCUGAGCCCUGACUAACAGUGAGUGAUAGGGGGAGGCCUACCUGUCCAUCUCUUCACCUGCCUGCCUGCCUCAUCUGUCAAUAUUUACCUGUCUGAGGGCGGCUUUUAAGACCUGGUUUGGAGUUCCACUUGUUUUGGCCAUGCGCUGCGUGCUUACCUUGGACCAGACAUGAUUCUUUGCUAAAUAAAAGUAUCUGUUGCUGCCUUUCACAACUGCA